GGCAGGCCACCGGAUAUCCGUCCAGUGACCCUUACAAGUCCUUCUUGAUCCUGAAGCGGAGUAGGUAGCGAUAUUGCUCUUCGUGUUGAAUCCCCAGCAGCGUCUGACAUGGGUCUAGAGGACGAACGAAAGAUGCUUACCGGAUCCGGAGACCCCAAAGAGGAAGAAGAGGAGGAAGAAUUAGUGGACCCCCUAACAACAGUGAGAGAGCAGUGUGAGCAGUUGGAGAAGUGUGUGAAGGCCCGGGAGCGGCUAGAGCUGUGUGAUGAGCGUGUGUCUUCCCGGUCAGAGACAGAGGAGGAUUGUACGGAGGAGCUCUUCGACUUCUUACAUGCGCGGGACCACUGUGUGGCCCACAAACUCUUCAAAAACUUGAAGUAAAUGUGCAGAUUAACUCGCCUCAGCCUUGUCACUGGGAAUCAGGAACAGUCCUUGUUUGAACCAUUUGCUUGUAAUGUGUAUAGUAAGUUCUUGAGAACCGUGUUGAUUUGGCAAGUGCGUUUCUUCUAUGUAAUUAGCAGUAAUUCCAUCUUAAUAAACUGAUCUGCAGAUUUGC